GCCUCUUUCUUUGCUCUUCUCAUCCUCUCAUCGUCUUGACCUGAAGCAUCCUCCCUUCCUCCUCUUUCGCCUUCAUCUCGUCGUCAUAAUCUCUGCUUCUCGCUUCCUGUUGCAGAGUUCUUCUCAAUCGCCAAUUUCAACUUCAUUGUCGCAGCCCGCUUCAGUGAAUUGAACAAGAAAAAAGGAAUAAGCAGACACUUGCCAGCUCAUUCCAUACUCACCUUUUUUCCCCGUUCAUCUCCCAUUCUCAUAAUCCAAAAUGUCCGCCAAGUCGAUCCUCGAGGCCGACGGCAAGGCCAUCCUCAACUACCACCUCACUCGUGCUCCCGUCAUCAAGCCGAGCCCUCUUCCUCCUCCCGCCAAGCACAACCCUCCCACCAGACUGGCUUCGUUGUACUUCCCCGAGGAUGCCAACGUCGAGGACAUUCUGAACCAGGCCGAGGUCACCUACCCUUGGCUCCUCCAGACCGACGCCAAGUUCGUCGCAAAGCCCGAUCAGCUCAUCAAGCGACGAGGAAAGAGUGGUCUCCUUGCCCUGAACAAGACCUGGCCUGAGGCCAAGGCCUGGGUUGCUGAGCGAGCCGGCAAGGAGCAGCAGGUUGAGCACACCACUGGCGUCUUGAGGCAAUUCCUCGUUGAGCCUUUCGUCCCUCACCCUCAAGACACCGAGUACUACAUCAACAUCAACUCGGUCCGCGAUGGCGACUGGAUCCUCUUCACCCACGAGGGUGGUGUUGAUGUCGGUGAUGUUGACGCCAAGGCUGAGAAGCUCUUGAUCCCCGUUGACCUCGCCGAGUACCCCUCCAACGAGGAGAUUGCUGCUACUCUCCUCAAGAACGUCCCCGAGGGCGUCCACAAUGUCCUCGUCGACUUCAUCACCCGUCUGUAUGCCGUCUAUGUCGACUGCCAGUUCACCUACCUCGAGAUCAACCCCCUGGUGGUGAUCCCCAACGAGGACAAGACCUCUGCUGCUGUCCACUUCCUGGAUCUUGCUGCCAAGCUCGACCAGACUGCCGACUUUGAGUGUGGUGUCAAGUGGGCUAUUGCCCGAUCUCCUGCUGCCCUUGGCCUCACCAACGUCGCCGCUGCUACCGGCGACAAGGUCAACAUCGAUGCUGGUCCUCCCAUGGAGUUCCCUGCCCCCUUCGGCCGUGAGCUGACCAAGGAGGAGGCUUACAUCGCUGACCUCGAUGCUAAGACUGGUGCUUCUCUCAAGCUUACCGUCCUCAACGCCAAGGGUCGCAUCUGGACUCUGGUCGCUGGUGGUGGUGCCUCGGUCGUCUACGCCGAUGCCAUUGCCUCUGCCGGCUUUGCUGAUGAGCUCGCCAACUACGGCGAGUACUCUGGUGCUCCCACCGAGUCCCAGACCUACCACUAUGCCCGAACCGUCCUUGACCUCCUUCUCCGUGCUCCCGAGUCCGACAAGGGCAAGGUCCUGUUCAUCGGUGGUGGUAUUGCCAACUUCACCAACGUUGCCAGCACCUUCAAGGGUGUCAUCCGGGCGCUGCGGGACUUUGCUCCCAAGCUGAACGAGCACAACGUCCAGAUCUGGGUGCGACGUGCUGGCCCCAACUACCAGGAGGGUCUCAAGAACAUGAAGGCCGCUACCCAGGAGCUCGGCCUCAACGCCAAGAUCUUUGGCCCUGAGAUGCACGUCUCCGGUAUCGUGCCCCUGGCUCUCAUCCCCGGAAAGUGGGAGGAGAGCAAGGCGCAGGAGUUCCAGGGUUAAAGGAGAAGAGAUCUUGACCGGGUGGUCAGUCGGGUAUAAAGGGAUGGCGCGGGUAUAUACAAGAUACCUGGAGUGAACGACUUUUUGUACUGCAAGAUAGAACGGAUGAUGCAAUUCCCAGGCUUGGGGCCGAUGAUGAGGGGUCAACCAAGCCGUGUAUGGCAGUAUUCUAUGACGGAAAGAAAGCUAAUAGAUUUGAUGACACUC